UUGAGUAAACGUUGAGUUUACUUCGAGUAGCGCUCGCUGUCAGCGAUCGAGGCGAUCGAGCGGCCAUUUCGUGGCGUUUGCCUGCUUUGAAACACGCCGAUUUUGAGUCUUUGAACUCGUGAUAUUGUUUUAAACAGCAGAUGCAGUAAUAUUCAGUGGAAGCAUCAUGUAUGUGUUCGUACACAAUCUUGAGGGAAAGAGCGUUCCCUUGGAAGUUCAGCCCAAUGAAACAGUAGCUUGUUUGAAACAUCAAAUAGAAGCCAGUGAAGCUUUACCAGUACGAGAGCAGAGGCUCAUUUUUGGAGGCAGUCAAUUAGAAGAUGACAAGACCUUGGCCGAUUACAGUAUCCUGAAGGGAAAUACCAUCCAUUUAACCCUUAGUCUUGCUGGUGGUGCCAAAAAGAGGAAGAAGAAGAACUACUCUACCCCAAAGAAAUUGAAACACAAGAGGAAGAAGGUCAAGCUUGCAGUUCUGAAAUUCUACAAGGUUGAUGAAAAUGGUAAAAUCAGUCGUCUGCGCCGAGAAUGUGACUCAGAAAGCUGUGGAGGUGGUGUAUUCAUGGCGGCAAUGGAAGACAGGCAUUAUUGCGGGAAGUGCCACUACACCCUAGUAUUUAACAAACCAGAAGAAAAGUAGAACUAUGACCUUGUUUUUUAUUCCAACUAUUUUUAAAAAUAAACGUUUAUAAGUUUGAAUUCUCUA